CGGAAAUGAGCCGUGGAUUAGUGAUGUACUGUACUAAGAAAACAUUGGUGUCGAUGUGAUACAUUUAUUUGACAUCAAUCAAACAUGACCGCGUGGUCCCUCUUCUCAGCAACAAACCGCGUGUUGUAAAAAGGAUGGAUUUGGCUGUGGUUUCUCUCCGCACAGUCUCCAUGGAUAUGGAGCAGCUGUGGCACAGACCGUGGCGCGCAGCGGCGGGCAGCAGCUGAGAGGAGAGAGAGUGGAGCACGCACGAAAACGGGUGCGAAGAGAUCAGGGUCAUUCAUAUCGCACUCUGCUGGCCGGGCGGACGGCAGACACAUCACGGGGUAACGGAAUGUCGCACAGGAGAGAAUGACUCCGAAAAGAAGAGCGUAAGGACAAAUAAUAAAAAAAUAAUAAAUUUAAAAAAAAAAAAACCCCACCAGGGAGGCAUUUGGGGAUUCCAAGUGAGGCAGAGCGCAGAGAUGGUGAGCUCUGCUUCUUUCACUCCGUACCCGCUCAGGCACAGGUUGGAUGUAUACGCAGGAGAGAUUCGGAUCCGAAGGGGAGGAAACCAUUUCGUGCGUCUAAAUUAGAGAUCCGGAUUGGAUUUUACUGGACCGGGAGACGGGGUUUUGCAGCUGGAGCUCUCCUCAUCCACGGAGCGCAGCGCACGCAGACCACUCAGAUACUUCUCUUCUUCAGAACAACAUCAAUAUUUAAUCGCGCCUCCGUUUCACCGACGACCACAGUGGCACGGUACUGAAGAGUGUGGACUUCUAACUCCUGAAUGUCUUUUACGUCUGCGGACAGGAAUGUUCCUGGAUUUCAAGGACAUUGCAGCAAAGAACGAGCUGUGAUUGCGAUUUACUGCUCCAACAUGCAGAGUAGAACCUCAGACGUACCUCUAAACUAUGUUUUCAUAAAGAACCACCCAAACUUUUGAAUACUGGGAGUGUAUUUUUUACGUUCGCCAUCAGUUCAGAAACCUCGGCUGGUGCCGAGCUGCGUAAAAUGAAGACCAAUUAAAUCAGCACCAAGCUGCUGGAGGAUCAACGUCACUGACCACAGAUAUAAUCACACAGACACGCCUGUAGCAUCAUGGAAUACCGAGUCCGACAAACAAACAAGCGAGAAAACCGUUAUCAAUAAGGUCAUAUACAAGAUCAAUGGUUGGUCGAGCUUCUGUUUACUCCAAAGUUUGACAGGACCAGCUGACGGACACAGUGUUAGAGGAAAACAGCAGUUAAAAUAAGUACAUUUUCUGACAUUUUGUUUUUCCCAUCUGCAUCACCUUGCUGUAAAAAUAACCAGAGACGUUUGCCGGAAUAUUUACUUAUUCUGUAUGAUACUAGAAUGUCUGUUCUGCUGCUGCAACAGAAUCAUUGACCGGGGUUUUCUGUGGAGCAAAUCUGUGAAAGGAUUUUCCUGAAAAAUUCAUAGCUCUUUCACUGCUACGAGGAUGGUUGUGACAAGGAGCCCGUGGUUAAACCAGUCAGUAGGAGAGCUGGUACCGAGACAGUUGACCUCUCUGCCAGCUGUGCUGUCCGCUUGGAACACAUCCCCAGAGAGGCACAGCUGCUCCGGGCUGGGGGUGUGAUGGGGUGCCUCCUGACAUCCCCUUACCCAGCCCCUCUCUUUGUUUAGAAGCAGUGAUAUAAACAAUGGAUCAAAAUCUAUCAGUGGUUCAAGAUGGCAAGGAGCUGCUCCCAGAGAGAGACUCGUCCAAACGUGUCCUAACAGGAUGCUUCCUCUCUCUCCUCAUCUUCACAACACUGCUGGGCAACACUCUCGUAUGUGCUGCUGUGACCAAGUUUCGACACCUAAGGUCAAAAGUCACCAACUUCUUCGUCAUCUCUCUGGCCAUCUCAGACCUCCUGGUAGCUAUACUGGUGAUGCCAUGGAAGGCAGCGACGGAGAUCGUUGGGUUCUGGCCGUUCGGUGCGUUCUGCAACGUUUGGGUGGCUUUUGACAUCAUGUGCUCCACCGCCUCCAUCUUGAACCUGUGCGUAAUUAGCGUCGACCGCUACUGGGCUAUCUCCAGCCCGUUCCGCUAUGAACGCAAGAUGACCCCUAAAGUGGCAUGCCUGAUGAUCAGCAUGGCAUGGACCCUGUCUGUCCUCAUAUCCUUCAUUCCCGUUCAGCUAAACUGGCAUAAAGCUCAGACCAUCAGCCUCGCGGAGCUAAAUGGAACGUACCCCAGCAACGUUCCCAUUGACAACUGCGACUCCAGCCUUAACAGGACUUACGCCAUCUCCUCUUCCCUCAUCAGCUUCUACAUCCCGGUGGCUAUUAUGAUUGUCACUUAUACGAGGAUCUACCGGAUUGCUCAGAAACAAAUUAGGAGAAUAUCUGCUCUGGAGCGAGCAGCAGAGAGUGCCAAACACCGUCACAGCAGCAUGGGAAACAGUUCGAUGGAGAACGAAAGCUCUUUCAAAAUGUCAUUUAAACGAGAAACCAAAGUGUUGAAGACUCUCUCCGUCAUCAUGGGAGUAUUUGUUUGCUGCUGGUUGCCCUUUUUCAUCCUUAACUGCAUGGUUCCUUUCUGUGAACUGAACAUGCCAGAUGGUAAGGCGGACUUUCCCUGCGUCAGUUCCACCACCUUCGAUGUAUUUGUGUGGUUUGGCUGGGCCAACUCCUCCCUCAACCCCAUCAUUUAUGCCUUCAACGCCGACUUUCGCAAAGCCUUCUCCAUCCUCCUGGGUUGCCAUAGGUUCUGCCCAGGGAGCAACGCCAUAGAAAUUGUGAGCAUUAACAAUAACAUGGGUGGCCCUAGCUCAAAUCCGAGCUAUCAGUAUCAGCCCAAAACUUACAUCCCAAAGGAGGGCAACCAUUCGGCCAGCUAUGAGAUUCCCCACAGCAUCAUGUGUCAGGAGGAGGAGCUACAGAAGACGACUGGAUGCAUAGGGGACGUAGAGGUAGGGGCGGUAAACAACAGCGUGGAGAAACUGUCGCCAGCCAUCUCUGGAAAUUUAGACAGUGACACAGAGGUCACGCUGGAAAAGAUAAAUCCUAUUACACAAAAUGGCCAGCAUAAAGCAGUGUCGUGUUGAGAGGAGCGUAGCAGGAUUGGAAUAAAGUCAAAGAUACUAAUGUGGACAGAUGGACAGCAAAAGGAAAAGAAAAAAUGUCAAACAUCACUGAAAAAAACAAAACAAACCAUGCCUGACAGGGACACAGUGAGAGCAUCACGCAGAGCUAAAGGACAUAGGGGGAAAAAAAAAAAAAACUCGGAAAAAUCUACAGAAUGUUUUAAUGAAAAGGCACUUUAUUCUGGAUACAACUAUUUGCAAAAUACUCUCGGCAUUUAUUGAUAACAUUUACAAUAAAUGUUAAUAAUGUGAAUAUUGAAG